GCGUCACCAGAUCCCCAGUGCAGCAUCUGCGGCAAGGCGGGCCGGUACGCCUUCUCUUCGUGCCGGGAGUGCAACCGGUCCCUGUCGGUGGAGGGCGGUCUCACCUUCAGCGCAGGGCAGCGGGCGUGGUGCUUGGGCUAUGGGCCCGCCUGGCCUGUCCAUAUCAAGGCCGUGAACUUCGAGUCGAGAGCGGACACGAAGCCGUAUCUCGUGACGUUCUAUGGCGAGGGGACCAGCGCAUGGGUCGCCCAGGCCAAGCUCCGCCAGUGG